AUGGGGGAACUAGAAUCUUUGAUCCUGGGAUCCAAUGAGGCUUGCAAUUCCAUAUCGACAUUGUAUUUUCAUUCUGGAGGGAUCUUUGCCAAUUCGAUCAUUAAGAACCAUGAGAUCACCAACUUGAUCACCGAUUUAAACAUCGAUUUACAACCGGACAACCACGAUAUUGCAAAUAAAUCAGGAGAAGAACAAGAAGUACAAGGCCACACCAGACAAUUCUUGACUUAUGAUAAACUGCUUGGGGUGUUAAAACGGUACGAUGGGGCGCAAUACCGUGAAGACGAGGAGUAUUAUGUGAAUAAUAAUGAUGUAGAAGAAACAAUGAUCAUUAAACCACCUAAACCCAUGGUACUUGAAGAUCUCUCGAUGGCCAAUAAUAAUUAUUUAUUAAACCGGUUAGAAGGGGUGAGUGCAGCAUUACAAGGGUUAUUUCAAAAAAAAUUGAAGACUAGUAGUUUAUACCAAAUGAACCAUGAAUAUUACAAUGACGAUGAUGAACGAGAGACAAUAGAGAAUCAAUCAGGGAAUUUGUCUAGUGAAAAUAAGGACGAAGAUGAAGAAGUGCAAUUAAUCAAUUCGUUGGUGGAGAUCUUGGUAAAGUUGAAUGGGAACUACCCAAUAAAUAAUUUGCGGGACUAUUUGGAGAAACUCAAGUCUCGAAACAUUUCAUUAUCAAAGGAGCUUGAUGAGUUACUACUGAUAGGGAAGGAUAUCACUGUGCAAUUGAAAAAGUAUAACAUUGAUUUGAAUGAUCGGGAACUUUUAGAAUUUCAAAAGAAUCUGAAUAGUACCGAGAAUGAACCGCCAAUUAAAAGAAGAAAAUUGAAAAGUGGUCAAGAGAUCCUUCAAGAAAAAAGGAAAGAAUUGGAAAAUUUGAAAAAAUUAAAAGAUGAUCUACUCAAGGAUUGA